GCAGCAACAAUCAAUUGCGAGGCGCGUGUCGUAUAAUGUUUUUGUUUUGCAACAAAAGAUAACCGAAUUAUGUUUUUUCGAUCGUGACGUUUUAAUUGCUUCGAAUUAUCGGAUAUAAUGUGAUGAAUGAAAAUAAAGUUGCUCACCGUCGCGCUUGCAACAUCCAUUUUAUACGGUCGCAAUUCGUCACGCUUCGGUUCUCCCAUUUAUCGAGUAUUCGUGCUCAUUUCUGGCUGCCGGCUUUUGUUUACAUUCGUUAUUUAGUUUUUGGUGCGAGCCUACCGAAAAUAAGUUUGGAGCUAAAAUGUAUUCCAGGUGAUUUUUUACUGUUACUAUGCGAAGAGGAACACAUUUUCAAUGGUGUUGCCAGAAUAUGAAAGUAAAAUAAAAAAUAAAAUAAAAUAAAUGAAUUAAUUAAAAUAAAUAAAUAAUCAAAUUAUAUACAUAUGUAUGUACAAAGUAAACAAAUAAAAAUAAGGCGUGGAACAAUAAAAGUGUGGAGAGUGCACUGUGCUUAAGAAAUAUAAUCAAAACAAUUAAAUGACAGUUGUAUUAAAUUAGAAGUGCAAAUAAUUUCAGUGAAAUUCUUAACAACUGUGAUCAUAUAAAAAUAAAAAAAUAUACAUAAAAUUUACACAUACAUAAAUAUAUUACAUAUAAUAUAAAAUAAUAGUAAAUAACGUUAAACUAAAAAUAGUAACUUCAAUUAGCAUCGCGCACACACAAAAAUGACGCUGGAAACUCACGGUAAACUGCUGAAAGAGCGCGUUAAGCCCGUCGAUAUACAAUUCAAGGAUCUAAGCUAUCAAGUUCAAGUUCAAAAAGUGAAGAAAACCAUAUUGAAAGGAAUUUCGGGUACAUUCAGUUCUGGCCAACUGACGGCGAUUAUGGGGCCCUCGGGGGCGGGCAAGUCGAGUUUGAUGAAUAUUUUAACAGGUCUAACUACAAAAGGUGUUAACGGUAAUAUACAGUUUGGUGACUCCCCAACUAAAUCGCGCAAACUUUGUUGUUAUAUAAUGCAAGAUGAUCAUUUUCAUUCAUGGUUUACCGUUGAGGAGACAAUGCUGCUGGCGGCUCAAUUGAAAAUCUCUAACGAUUCGAUGAAUAUGAAGGAGAAGAAAAUGCUGAUUGAACAUUUAUUGGACACCCUAAAGUUAUCACAGACCAAAUCAACACGCGCUGGAAACCUAUCUGGCGGCCAAAAGAAACGCUUAUCCAUCGCCUUGGAGUUAAUUGAUAAUCCAGCGGUGCUAUUUUUGGAUGAGCCGACAACUGGCUUGGAUAGCUCAGCAUCUUCUGACACAAUACAGUUACUACAAACCUUGGCCAAUGAGGGACGCACAAUCGUUUGUACAAUUCAUCAGCCCUCGUCACAUGUUUAUAGCCUAUUCAAUCAAAUUUAUGUGCUGAGUCAAGGUUGCUGUACGUACCAGGGUACGCCGCAUAAUACAAUUGAUUUUCUAAGAACGGUCGGUUUGGAAUGUCCAACUUAUCAUAAUCCAGCUGAUUUUCUGCUGGAGUGCGUGAAUGGUGAUUAUGGCGAUCACACUGAUGACUUAGCCGCUGCUGCCCGGCAGCCUAAAUGGCGAUGUGAUUAUGAUGCGGAGCAACCGCAACACUUAGACGGUUUAAAUGGCGUACAAAUCGUGAAAAUUAUGGAGUCUAAGCGGGGUGGGGUGAAGCAACUAUCGCCAUCGAUAACACCGCCAAUAUCUGCGACAAAACAUGUUUACCCGCCGCCGGAAUGGAUGCGUCUGUGGCUGCUAAUCGGUCGUUGUCAUGUGCAGUUUUUCCGUGAUUGGACGGUGACCUACUUGAAAUUGGUUGUGCAUAUUAUUUGUGCUAUACUGAUUGGACUGCUGUACGGCGACUCCGGUUCAAAUGCGACAAAGCAGAUUGCAAAUUUAGGUUCAUUCACAAUACAUAAUACUUAUUUAUGGUAUACGACAAUGAUGCCGGGCCUAUUGAGAUUUCCUCAAGAAAUCUGCAUAGUCAAAAAGGAAACAUUCAACAAUUGGUAUAAAUUACGAACGUAUUAUAUGGCGACGCUGAUAACGUCUACACCGGUGCACAUCAUAUUCUCCAUGACAUAUAUCACCAUUGCCUACCUGAUGACCGAUCAGCCAUUUGAAAUUGAACGUUAUGCUAAAUUCAUGUUGACAGCUGUCGUGGUGACGAUAUGCGCCGAUGGACUGGGUGUGCUAUUAGGCACUAUAUUGAACCCGAUUAACGGUACAUUUGUGGGUGCUGUCUUGACUUGCUUCAUGUUGAUAUUUUCCGGUUUUCUUAUACUGCUCACACAUAUGUCGAGCUUAAUGCGCUUGCUAUCGUACUUAUCACCAAUUCGUUAUGCGCUCGAGAGCAUGGUCUUGGCGAUAUAUUCUAAUAAUCGUGGGAAUAUUUAUUGCCCGAUGGAUGUGGUGUAUUGCCAUUUCAAAAAUGCCAGCACAGUGCUACGCAGUUUCGGUAUGGAAAAUGGAAAUUUCGGCAUGAAUAUAUUAAUAAUGUUUCUUCAGCUGUCGACUUUUAAGGGCUUAGCUUAUGUUAUGCUAAAGCGAAAACUACGAGCGUAGAAUAUUUUAUAUUAUAAUUAAUAUAAUAUAAUGUAUUUAAUAUAUACAUAUGUAUAUAUAAUUAUAGGUGAUAUAAGUAUGAAAUACUGUUAAUUUACUAGUUAUAUUUUAUAUACGCACAUACAUAUUUGUUUAUAAAAUAAGCUACGGUGUAUUGUUAGAAAUAUGUAGUAAAAGUAAUUAAGCAUUAGUGCUACAACAAAAACCACAAAAACCGAAAUACGAAAUAGUUCAAAAUAUGCAUAAUAUAUAUAUUAAACUACUGCAAAACCAGCCAAAAAUUAGCAAAUAUUAAACAAAGUAAACGAUAUUCUAAAACAACUAAGCCUUUGCAGCAUAAACAAAGCCGUUAUAAUUGAGAAUAAAUAAUAAUUACUUGCAA